UUUCGAAAGUAACUUGGAAACACAUCGAUGUAAGAAGUGCAUAGAACGUGUGAUGGCAGAUUCUGAUAGAUUAUCAUAAUUGUUGCAGUUUGCCAGUUGAUAAAACUGCGCAAACAGAUUUCAUCGAUAUAUCGUUGUCGUGUGCAUAUCGUGUGUGACUGCUUUUUAUUUUAAGCUCAGUUGUAUGGAGUGUGGAUUUAAAAGGAGUGAAAUCUCUUAUGGUAGAACUGUUGCAAAAUUGUCCAGCUGUCAGCUAUAAAUAAUAGUUCCAAAUCUCUCCAGAGUAGCGCUAGAGUAGCUAAGAACCUAGGCGUUAUUGACGGAAUGAAGUGCGCUGUCUAUGAUUUGUUUUUUUUUUCAAGUAUUCUAGGUAUUGUACCGCCACCUAUUUAAGGUUUUUUGAUGACACUUUUUGGUACAUCGAGAUUUCAUUCCUUACCUCCACCUUCCAUACUCAGUUGUUUAUGUUUCCAUAGACAAAUGAAUCAGCAAAACAACAUUUUAUAUUGUCUAUGGUCCAAGGCAGACAACAAAAAAAAUGAUUAUGGUCGAUGGCCGACCACGGUGUUUGAAGUCGAACAAAUUAAUUGGUUCGCAUUGCAAUAAAAAAUUAUUUUAGUAAUUCAUUGAAUUAUGUUGUUUCAAAGAAAAUGAAGUAAAACCUAUGAGAUUACCGGCUGUGUAUUCAGAUUGCUUCGGAUGUCCUGAAAAAAUUGUGAGAACCACGUGAGUUUAGUUAACCUUUGAGUAGAUGACAAAUGAUGAAGAACGCUAGAAAAAUACAGCACAAUUCGAUAGAUGAAAGUCAAUAAAAUUAUAAAAGAGGGCGAAAGAAGAAGGAAUAAAAAUAACAUUAAAAAGAGGAGACACAAUAUGCAGUCCUUCAACGGCGGAUGGGAAGCCACUUCAUUUGUAACAAAACUGAACAAACAAAUAUUGUAAUUAGAGCUCACGCAAUACUCUAUAAUGGAUCCAACAUGUUCUCAUUUUAAUUUUGAUGCAUAUGAAGGAGUUAAUAAUGUCUCGUUUGACACAGAAAAUAAGACUGACAGUGAAGCCUGUGUGGUUGAUAAUGAAGCUACAUCUCAAGAUAAUUCCAAGCAUAAGAUAGAUGAUAUAGAGCGCCAGGACUUCGAUGAGGAAAAUAGAAUAAUAAAUCAUUGUUCUGGUAUGAUUGUGGAUGGCAAAAUAGCUGCAAGUCCACAUUACUCUGGCAACCUGUCCAGUGCAAGCUCCAGUCUGGCGUCCAGCUCGGAGACCAUAUCCGCCUUCCCAAAUAUUAUGUCUAAUGACUACAGUUUACCUGGUUGUAGCAAAACAGAAGAUUGUGAAGAUAGUAAUGCGACAAUAAAAAAUAUGAUACAUUCUCGAAAACCUGCAAGCACAGUCGAGGAACCUCAGAGGAAAGAAGUCUAUAAGCCUGACUUUAUGCAAAAACUUCUUAGUAGCGGUGUCCAAGAAAAGAAGGACUUUCCUAAGGGAAAGCUGUAUAAAGCAGAGCAGAUGGGUGAGAGUUCGUGCGACAACCAUACUCCUGACGUGAGCGAUUUGGAAGCGACAGGCGGGCCUUCGGGGCGCACCAGCUCCAACGCGUCCAGCAUUGGCAGCACCGGCUCGGACAGCAACAAGGAGUUCACCGUGCCGUCCACGUCCAACGCUGACAAGUUGCUAGGCCUCGACGACAGCAGGAAGAAUGAGCCGGGGGGCUCCAAAUCAUCUCCCUACAUGCAGCCAUUUUGUGAUGGGGAUGAUGACUCAGAUGACGACGUAAUUGAAGAAACAUGGUGUACUUGUUUAUCAUCUCAUGAGGACGACGAGGAUGACGAAGAACCAGAAAUUGAUGAGAGACUUUGGAGAAAGAGGCGCUACGAGCCGCCCCCGCCUCAGUACGCGAAGAAGUUCUGCCCGGACGGUAGCACGGCCGCGCCGCCCGACGGCGGCUGGCUGCAGACGAUGCCCCCCUCCUCCAUGCCCGCCACUCUUCAAGGACCACCUGAAAUUAAGAAUUGGCUCAACAGAUUCCAAUCGUGGUCCAAUGCCGAGAAAAUUCAAGCGAUAGACGCCCUUAUCGGGCGCUGUGCCGCGAGCCACGUGCGACACAUGAUGAAGGCCAUCGAGCCGCUGUUCCAGAGGGACUUCAUCUCGCUGCUGCCCAAGGAGCUGGCGCUCACGGUGUUGGGCUACCUGCAGCCCAAGGAUCUGCGGCGCGCCGCGCAAACUUGCCGAUACUGGAGAUUCCUUGCCGACGACAAUCUACUAUGGAAGGAGCAGUGCCGUCGCAUAGGCAUUACAACACUCAAGAAGAUGCCUCGCUCACUGCCCCGCUGCGUCAGCCCAUGGAAAGCGGCCUACAUGCGCCAAUACCUGAUCGAGAACAACUGGCUGCACAAACCGGUCAACAACCCCAUCAUGAUGAGAGGACAUGAUGAUCACGUCAUCACCUGCUUGCAGUUCUACGGAAAUCGCAUUCUUAGCGGCAGCGAUGACACUACGCUGAAAGUAUGGUCGGCUAUUACAGGCAAGUGCCUGCGCACUUUGGUGGGACACUCGGGCGGCGUGUGGUCGUCGCAGAUGGUGGGCGACCUGGUGAUCAGUGGAUCCACGGAUCGCACGCUGCGCGUUUGGGACGCCAAGACGGGCCAGUGCCAGAAGGUGCUCGCCGGACACACCUCCACGGUGCGCUGCAUGCAUCUUUACAACAACAGGGUGGUGUCAGGAUCGCGCGACUCCACGCUGCGCGUGUGGUCCAUCCCCGAGGGCCGCUGCCUGCGCGUCCUCGUGGGGCACCUGGCGGCCGUGCGCUGCGUGCAGUACGACGGCAAGGUGGUCGUGUCCGGCGCCUACGACUACUUCGUCAAGGUGUGGAACCCCGACACCGGCGAGUGUCUGCACACGCUCGCGGGACACACCAACCGCGUCUACAGUUUACAGUUUGAUGGCGUGCACGUGGUGAGCGGGUCGCUGGACACGUCAAUCCGCGUGUGGGACGUGGAGUCGGGCCAGUUGAAGCACACGCUGACGGGCCACCAGUCGCUCACCUCCGGCAUGGAGCUCCACUCCAACAUACUCGUCUCCGGCAACGCGGACUCCACGGUCAAGGUGUGGGACAUCACCACCGGCCACUGCCUUCACACGCUGUCAGGUCCUAACAAACACCAAUCGGCGGUGACGUGUCUGCAGUCGAGCAACCGGUUCGUGAUAACGUCGUCGGACGACGGCACGGUGAAGCUGUGGGACGUGCGCACCGGCGAGUUCAUCCGCAACCUCGUGGAGCUCAGCUCGGGCGGCUCCGGCGGCGUGGUGUGGCGCAUCCGCGCCUCCGCCACCAAGCUUAUCUGCGCCGUGGGCUCGCGCAACGGCACCGAAGAGACCAAACUGCUCGUCCUCGACUUUGACGUGCCCGGCGCUUGUCGCAAGUGCGACGAAUAGCAUCGACUCAACCGACGCUUGAUGCGUCGCUACGUCAACCUGUACGCGCCGUGGAACUUCUAAACGCGUUGUCUGUGUCACCAUGUUUUGUCUGUGCAUGGGACGGCAAAAGCGACUAAUUAUAUUCGGGGGUGGUUAUUCAUGCUUAAAAUUUAAACCGUCUACACACUCGCCACAAAACAACCAUCAUUCCCAAACAAUUUUUAAAUAAUGAGUGGCGAUUAUACACAAAUGGACUACGUUUCGAAUUAUGACCUAUCUAUAAUAUAAGAAAUGAAUGACAUUAUACGUACAAGUUGCAUUUAUUUUUCGAGUAAUUAUUAAUUUAUUAUUGUUAUAUUGUUUCCUCCUAUUUAAAGUCAAUCAUGCAAAUUGAUUUAAAUUUAUCACUUUAAAUAAAAACACUUGUAUUUUCAAUAUUUGUCAUGGGUACAGAGAGGCAUAUGUAUAUGUCAAUAGCCGGGUCCACACAGCGAGCAUACGCGCGAGGCACGUCUACACUGGCCGUAUUGUACGUGAGGAAAUUGCCUUGCGCGUUUGCUCACUCUGUGUGGAUCCGGCUAAUUAAGAUUUUUUAGGAUUUCACGUUUUGGCCGAUCCAUGCAUGCGUACAAACAACACUUUAAGAUGUCAUCACUGACCAAUAAACAGACCUGUGAUGAGUUCUCGUCGUAUCUGUGGACGGUGAACCGGUGUAUACAAAGCCACCCACCGGCCGGCUCUGUGCGAGCGUCAGUAGUUUAGCGCGGACGGGCCGCCUGUUCGCGGAACUCAAGUAUCCAUGUACUCAACUGGUAAACUAAUUACAUUAUGAAACAAGUAUAGUCCUUAAUAUUAAUAAUUAAAUUUGUUCACUCAAUCAACAUGAUUGAUGGCUUAAUGCCAUCACUAUUGCCAAAUUUCAAAUGUAUGUUUAUUUAUCCCAAAGAAUUAUAAAAGCAUUGGGUAGGUAUUAAGUUAAUUAUGCAUUAAAAAUAUUUCACGACGGUUCUGUUACAAAAACUGGUCAAUAGUACCGUGUCGUUUAACAAUUAUCCUCAUGCGUGAUUUUUUUUAAAUUUUAAAAUCAUUAAUUAUGUUGUUUGAACACCGGAAAAAUAAAAAUCUAGAUAUAAAUCUCAUUAUUUUAUUAAAAAAUAUUUAAUAUGUUAAGCGAUUGAAACGCUCAUUAUUUUUGGUGCGAAUUUUAUGAUGACGUCACUCGUUGGACGCAACUGACGUUUGUUACUAAUGUUGUUCAUGUGUUUCAGCUACUUGACACUAAAUUCGUUUUAUUCUCAUUUUAUUAUUACCAUGGAUGAACCUAAAAACCAUUCUAUAUGCGUUAUCUUUUGCCAAAGUACCAAGUUGGUUACUCAGUCCUGUUACCAGAGUUUUUACGGAAUAAAAGGAAAUAGGUAGCAUUGUUUAUAGUAUUUUAUGCAACAGUUGUAUAAGAAGGGUCAAAAAAGGCGAGUGGCGUGAGUUACAAUGUGAGCCGGAGCCGAAGGCGUAGGCGAACAUUGUAAAGGAAUACGCCACGAGAAUUUUUUGACCUACUUAUACAACGUUGCAUACAAUAUUUUUCCUACGAGUCAACAAAAAUCAAUCUUAAUUUAGGUAAACAAAUUACAGCAAACGUAUAUAGCCAAGACGCGCGAGCAUACCUUGUUACGCGCCCGGCCCGCCCCGGGCCGCGGCCGGCCGGUCGGCGACACCUCCUCGUAACUCAUGAGGCCCUGGUACUUGCUACUUGCUAAAUUAAUUUUUUGGACAGUUUUUUCUCAAUUUUGGCCACCGUAGCCUACGGAGACUAACAAGCAACGCUAAGCGGUCUUCGUAGUCUAUGGGUGUUGCUAUAUUACGGGUGUCACAUGCGUGUUUCUGACUUAUGAAGUAAUUAUUUUUACUAUGCAACCAAAUGAAUAUUUUGUACGUUGGCAGCAAUGCACUUAGUUUAAAACUGUAUUCGUUUUGGUUUUGUUAGGUUGGUAGCCAUUAAUCGCAGUAACAUUAUAGCUUAUAAAAGCACAAGAGCUUUUAUGAGGAAUAGACAAUAUAGACUUUUCUUGAAAUCUUUUAUGUAUGUUCUUAUAUUCGUGUUAAUGAAUGCAUAAAUGACAGAUAACAGUAGAGGAGUAGGAAAAUUACUUAAACAAUGUGUUUGUCCACGUAUAGUGGAAUCGUUAACCACGUAUAGUACAAUGAAUUUUAUCGACAAAUCAUCCACCAUACCUAUGUUUUUGUGAAAGUCAGAAUGGCGGGUGUACCUAAAUAAAAUAAAAUUAAAAGCAUACCAUAUUUUUGUACCUAAUUUGUACUAUUUAGUACCUCGGUUAAAAUAAAUUGUACCUCACGGUACAUAAAGUUAUCAUCGAGCUUUCGAAAGACAGUUGAAAAUGUAGUAACAGAACUUAGUGACCGACUAGGUAAAGUAACACAUUAACCCCCUUAUUCAUAAACUUGUACUAAAGUUACGAUGCCGCUAAUAAUCGUUUGUCCCUUUCCGACGUAUUGGUAUGAUGGAAAGGGACAAACGAUUAUUAGCGGCAUCGUAACUUUAGUACACGUUUAUGAAUAAGGGGGUAAAAGUGCAGCACACAAUGUACAGUCAGCGGCAAAUAAUUUUUAGCAACCAAAGUAGCCAAAUAGUUCGGUACCCUAUGUUUAGUAUGGUGUACCGAACUAUUUGGCCACUUUGACUGCUACAAAUUAUUUGACGCUGACUGUACUUAGCACUGAAUAUAUUUUCUUUAUAAAAAUUAAAUCAAGUAUGCAAGAGUAAACCAAUUAUGUUUGAAGAUUUCAAUCGAUCUGGUAACAAAUAGUCAAAUUACUUACUUAUUACAAUAAUACAUGCACCUACAAACCUACAAUAAUGCAAUAACAUCCGUAAUUUCUUAUUACUAACUGCAAACUAGUGUGUAGGUGGCGAUAAAACUUGAUCGACGUGUUGUAAGUACGUACAAAUAUAAAUAAUAAGUGUAUUGAAACUCAACCAAGAGUUUAAGAUAAAUCGCCACGAAAGUAAGUACAUUUUUUGAAUACCAGAUUUCUUUCAAAAUUAGUGCGAAGCAGAAAAAAACAAAUCUGUCUAACGAGUGACUUCACGUGACGUUUCGACCAAUUGGCGCAUUAGUAUUUUGCGCGCAAUUUUUGUACUUUUUGUGUAUUUAAACAAUUAAAUGAUAAUUUAAUAACGGAAAUGCAUAUGCAUGAGGUUCAUUUUCUGGUUUUAGUUAGCAUUCACCUGUUACAAGAAUUUUUUUCGUUAAUUCACUAUUCUGCGCGAUGUAAGUAAUUUAUGAGAAUGACAGUCUUACUCAUGUUCAUGUCACUACACUAUUCAGUACCCCUAGUGUAAAUAAAUUCGAUUUUGAAACGUGACGUACGCGUUUGCGUUUAGUCUCAUUUUGUAUUGGAUUUAGAAAGAGCGCGCCAAGCGGGACGUUUUGGAAACUCAAAAUCCUAUACAAAAUGAGACUUAACGCAAACGCGUUCGUCACGUUAUGAUGUCGAUAAAAUUUACACUAGGGGUACAGAAGUUGUAGGGUGAAUAUUUUAUGUUAGUGUUUUAUUUUUUGACGAUAAUAUUUGAAAAUGUCUUUUUUUUGUGACUACAACUGCAAUAACAUUAUUUCUGAAUACGUCUUCUAUAAUAGCAGAAUAUCACAAGUUCAUAUUAAGUUUCAUACUGACAAAACAAUGACAAUAUAAUAUGCCACAAUAAAUAAUAAAAUAGCACAACUUGUCAUAAAAAUAAGUAACAUCUUUUAACUCCAUCACUUUUCGAUAAGUUUUAACCCAUAUUUGACAAAGCUCAUUAAAAAGAUCUUCUAUGUUGAAUUUACUUCAUGUAAAGUGGUUUUCAGAAAACAGUGGGACUCACGUGGAGCUUCCUAAUUGUUCAAUUUCCGCCGCUUGCGUUUAGUAAAAUCUCUGUAGGUAUACUUUAACACGUUUAAAUUAUGGAAAACAUGCGUUUUAUUUUAAUGGUUCUCAGAAAUUCACCUUGUAAUGACUUAAACAUAGAUUAUAAUAAAUCGUGCUGUACUGCGGCUGCUGCUGUAUUACACUACAUGGACUUGAUUCAGAUCAUGCCCCUUUCUACAGGUCUAGGACAACUAGUGUUACUUUAAACGUCAAAAAGUUAGACGUUUACUUAACACUUGCACAGUCUGGGCUACCAAAGUCGCUGCCAACUUAGCUUGCUCUUUUGUUUUGUUAUUUUAUGCCUUGUAAUCAGUUUCAUAUAAUAUGUCAACGUGUACCAAACAUUCUUGACAAAAUGGUAACAGGUUUGAGGAAUGUUGAUAUCUAUUGGCACAAAUGUGGUAGUAGUUGCAAAAAAAUUAUCGAUCAGCAUAAUAGUAUUCGGCACCCCAGUUAUUGUAAAAUAUUAUUCCUGUUCUUGUAUUUAUUUGUAUAUUAAUACAACAGUAUUUCAUUCGUAAUCGUCCCAUAGAAUAGAAUUUCUUUUGACAUGUCAUGUGUUCAAUGUUUUAUUUUAUUUCAAUUGAUUGUAUUUUUGUUUAAAUUUUACUUUGUAUCUAUAAUAUGUUAAUAAUGCUAAUGCGAUGUGUUAAAUAUUAUUAUCCCUUUAAUUGAUGGCCAGCAAUUUUUUUAAUUUAUAAUCCUAUACAUAGUCUGGUAAGAUAAAAUAACAAUGUAUGUCUAAUUGUAAACUUGAUAAACAAUUCCGACUCAUAAUAAUAAUACCGAUUUAAGCUGUAAACAAUGUUGAAUAGUAUCGGCGUCAGCCGCACCGUGCACCGCGGCAACGGCCGCAGCCGCUGUUGCCGCUCGCUCGGCGCCCGCGGCGGCACGCACGCGCACUCGCGGCUCGAUCGAGUGUAUUGUUGUGUAUAUAAUUAUAAUCUUAAAGUAAUGUGAUCAUUGGAGGGCGAAGUCAACGCCUCUGUUCUAUGACGGCUGAUUUAAUUAAUAAUUAAACAAAGACUGAAGCAUAGGUAUAGCGUAAUAUUUAAAGUAUUAAUGUAGUUACUCCUAUGUGCUACCGAUCAUCACACUGGGUAUACCUUUGUUGACUCUCGUCAUCAUUUUGUUCAAACGUGUUUCGGUUUAGUUUUGAAUAAAAAUGUAUGUAUAUUAUUAUGUUAUAUGUUGUUAAGCUUUCGCCGGCCGUGACUCCACUUUGGUAAUUAUUGAAAAUGUCAUCUAGUUAUGUCUUAGAUUUAGUUUCUAUUGCAUUAUUUCUCUGCCCAGGUACUGCGCAUUAGCUUAUGUAAAAUGAAUAAAAGUGAUAUCGACGAUAAAGCGCCUGUAUGUCGCUGUGGUAGAUCUGUCUGUUGUUUUGCAUAAGUAAUCCCGAGGUUGCCGCGCGGCGGCCACCAGUCGUAUGGCUGCGUCUUAAAAUAUAGAUACGGACGAUAAUGUACCAAAAUAUCUAUACACCUUAAUGUUAUAGGCAAUAUAUUCCUGAUUACAUAUUUUUUGGACGUAUCGCUAUUUUCGGACGGGAUUGUACCUACACUCAUGGUACCUUUUGCCAAACUACAUAAAAAAUUAGUCUCCUCCGCCCGAUUUCGUUUGGUUUCCGGUUCCUUGUGAAUCCCCUUUCUGUAACAAUAGUUUCCACUUUUAAUUUGUCUCUUCUGGUUAAGAUGAAAACGAUGUACUAUUAAUAUUGAGCUGCUUGACGACGGCGAUUAACAUCGCCUUGUUAUUAUAUUUCUUUUGUCUUCACUACUUUGCUUUUACUGUACGAUUAUUGAAUAAAUCUAAUUGUUUUCAACA